AUGAAGGAGUAAAGCGCACACAAACAAAGCAUUUUACCCGUCGCUAUCUUAAAUACGCACAUUUUCAGCCACUUGACAGUUUUUUUCUCACUGGCGUGUAUUUCUAGACAAAUUAUCUGGACUGUGGUACAUUAGAAAGAUGCGAUAGUAGAACUAUUUUCAUGGCGGCAGGAUAUGCAAUAUAUACCUAGUCUUUUUUCUCUGUCGGAAGCCAUGAUGGAAGUUUGAGAGUUUAGCUGGAGAGAAACGAGAAAAGGAAAAGGAUUUCUCAGGAAAAUCCCUGAAAAUUCAUUUUAACAUAUUUUAAAAUAUACAUAUAUAACCGAAUUUAUUUUUAAAGGUGGAGGCUGUCAACCUUGUUCCACAUUGGCUGGCAUUUGAACGACGAGGAUUGUUCGGUUGAAGGGCUUUGGAUUUUAAAAAUAUAGCUAGCUAUGUAGCUAGCUAGCUAGCUACGUGUGUGUGAGAGCUGAGAGUGUCUGUCACAAUAUUCUGGGUUAGAAUUGCUGGAGAGGUUUUCUCUCCGCUUUUUCCAACUCAACCACGGCGGCUGUGGCAGAUUCAGAGACUUGGGCCGUUUUUAAAACAUUAAAGUUUGGAAGCUGGAGAAUUCAUUACCUUUUCACUUGGGGCAUUUCUAGACAGAUUACGGGAUCGUGGAAGCCGGGCCUGUGGAGGAGCGGAGCAAGGCCCUCCUUUAUGAUCCAGUAGCAGAAGCCAUUCUAAUAGUCCGCAUCGACGACUAGUGACGGUAAGAGGACUGCGGAUUCAAGAGAGCAAAAGGGAGAUUGACCGAAAACGGCAUUUCAAACCAAGGCAACAAUACUUUCUUUUAAUUUAAAAACCCUAAAGACUCCUGUCACGGCAAUGGCUGCACUCAUAAAGGAAAUUGUCAGUCGAAACAAAAGGAGAUACCAGGAAGAUGGGUUUGACUUGGACUUGACCUAUAUUUACCCCAACAUUAUUGCUAUGGGGUUUCCUGCUGAAAGACUUGAGGGUGUCUACAGAAACAACAUAGAUGACGUAGUAAGGUUUCUGGACUCGAAACAUAAAAAUCAUUACAAGAUAUAUAAUCUAUGCGCAGAGCGACAUUAUGAUGCUGCCAAAUUUAACUGCAGAGUUGCACAGUACCCCUUUGAAGACCACAAUCCCCCCCAGCUAGAACUUAUUAAACCUUUCUGUGAAGAUCUUGACCAAUGGCUCAGUGAGGAUGACAAUCAUGUUGCAGCGAUUCACUGUAAAGCUGGAAAGGGACGUACGGGUGUCAUGAUUUGUGCUUACUUGCUACACCGAGGUAAAUUCCUGAAAGCACAAGAAGCACUAGACUUCUACGGUGAAGUCAGGACCAGAGACAAGAAGGGAGUGACGAUUCCCAGUCAGAGGCGCUAUGUCUACUACUACAGCUACCUGCUGAAGAACCAGCUGGAGUACAAGCCAGUGGCAUUGCUCUUUCACAAGAUGGUGUUUGAGACGGUUCCCAUGUUCAGUGGAGGAACGUGUAGGGAUACUGCUGUUAAAAACAAGAGCGAGCAGAUUCCACACGGGUUCAGAAAAGGGAAUUGGCAUUGGGAUCCGCAGUUUGUGGUGUACCAGCUGAAGGUAAAGAUCCACACCUCCAAUCCAGCGCACACCAGGCGCGAGGACAAGUACAUGUUUUUCGAGUUCCCGCAGCCCCUGCCCGUGUGCGGCGACAUCAAGGUGGAGUUCUUCCACAAGCAGAACAAGAUGAUGAAGAAGGACAAGAUGUUUCACUUCUGGGUCAACACCUUCUUCAUUCCUGGACCAGAGGAGAAUUCGGAGAAAGUGGAAAACGGGAGCUUGGUGAAGGAACUGGACGGAAUCCAGAGCUCGGAGCGUGGAGAAAACGAGAAGGAGUACCUUAUCCUGGCAUUGACAAAGAACGACCUGGACAAAGCCAACAAAGACAAAGCCAACAGAUACUUCUCUCCGAACUUCAAGGUGAAGUUGUACUUUACAAAAACGGUGGAGGAGCCGUCAAACUCGGAGGCCAGCACCUCGACGUCGGUUACCCCGGACGUUAGUGACAAUGAACCCGAUCACUAUAGAUACUCGGACACCACUGACUCUGACCCCGAAAACGAACCCUUUGAUGAAGAGCAACACACACAAAUAACGAAAGUCUGAAAUAUUUUUAUGGGAAGUAAAAAAAAAAAAAGAAAAGAAAAAAAAAAAGAAAAAAUACACCAGAGAAAAAAAGGAGAAAACUUGAAUAUGAACUGAAAAGCAAGUACCUUUUUUCCAAACGGCAGUAGGACAUUUGUGUCAUGUAAAAUGCCACCGAUUUUAGGAACAAUAAUCCUGACCAAUUUUCUUUAGCCCCGUACAUCCGCAAGGUAUUGACACUGUUGCCCAGUGGAAAAAGGUUCAGUAGCUAUUAUGUAUAUACCUUUUUGUGUCAAAAAAAGAGACAAUGGAAAAAGAGUAACACAAUCAGGAGAUGGGAGAUCAGGUAUGGGAGAAAUUAGAUUGAAAUCUAAAUUUGCUGCUCCAUCUCCUGUUGAAACCAAGGCCAGUGCUUCAGUCACUUUUCUCAUCCCCAACCCCCCCCCCUCCCCCCCCCCCCACACGGCUCUCCACCCCACCCCUCCCACCCUACCUACUGUGAUUGCUUCUUGUGCUGUUUGCAGGCUGUCUUACUCGAGUUUGACAUUUGUGCAGUGGAAACUGCAUGUUAGGAUUCUGCAGUCUAUUAUUACUAUUAUUAUGAAUAGGCUAUAUGACAUCUAAGCAAUGUCCAUUCCUUAUACCACUGUGUAUUCUGUCAAAGGUAUGCAGAAAAUGGUAUCCCCUGUAUUUGUCUAUGUUUUUUUUUAUGUUAAGAUAAUAAAAUAUAAUACACAAAACAGCAGGGAACCGGUGUUGCAAUAAUGUUAACACUAUACAUUUAAAAGGCAAACCAGUGUGCAUGUUAUUGGAAUUAGUGUCCAUGUUGUUUAAUAAAUGGUAUACAAUGUUUUUUCUAAAAGAGGUUUCUAAUGUCAUUUAAACUCCAAUUGUAUUUAGCCAGGAGAUAAUUCACAGAUAGCAUUCAUCAUUUCCGUGGUUUCUGCAGGUAUAAUUUUAUUCUUAGGAUGGGAAAUUUCAAGCGGGAUUGCAUCAUGUAAAGCAAAAGUUCCCCCCAAGUUCAUGGUAAACAGACCCAGUUUUCAGCGUAUGAGGAUUUUUUACGGGGAUAACGAUACAAAAAAAGCUCCCGAACGGUUUACGAAAUUGGUGACUACUUAAAUCGAAACAUCUUUUCAACCUUUGAUCUCUCUGUAGGGUUGGUGGGACAUCAGAUCCUUGGCUCCCGGAAUCAGCUCGUGUUUGUAGCCUUAUUGCGCAGGGUCUAACUAAAUCUAGAUCAUCGGUGUGUCCGACAAAGGUGCUUACAAACUGCCAAACUCCAUAUUUAAAAAAUGCACAGAAAACAAGGAGCCAAUAAUCUGUGCCUAACAUAUGGUGCAAGUAGCAGUAGUGGCAUGCACGAUUGUGUGUGUGUGAAAACUGUUAGAAGUGCAGCUGUGUGCUCAUUUCUCUAGUCUUUCUGCAAUAGGUGUCCCUGACUGGCUGGAUUUUAAUUUUUUUAUUUUUUCCUUUUUUUUUUUUUUUUUUUUAAAUUUCUUUUUAUUUUUUUAUUCGGUUUCAUUCCACUCGGAGUGAGAAUAGUGCAGCUACAGAUUUUACCGAAAAGUCUCGUGCUUGCUUCAGAAAUAUAAAAAAAGCCCUAUAUAUGAGAAUAUUUAAAUAUAUAUAAUUUCUUUUAAGCAUGCCAAAUUUUCCUAACACCUGGCCUGUGGCGUGUCACAGGGCAGACCAAAAAAAAAAAAAAAAAAAGGAAGAAAAUAUAUACUUGUCAGUUUCUUGGGCAGGAAUCUUCACAGGGGGUAGAGAUGUAAGCUGCCUUUAUCUUACUGUUGACAUUCAGGCCCCGCCCGUGUUCAUAAACCCACUGCGCAUGCCGUUCAGCUCGCCUUUCUACAUAAAGAAUAUUUUCCCUAGGUAUUGGAAAGUUUUUUUUAUUUUUUUAUUAUUAAACGGCAUAAUUUAGCCAACCCAGUAACACUCGAUGUAGGAUUUUUUUGUUUUGUUUACAUCUUAUUACAUCACUGAAAACCUGCCAAAAGUAAGCUCGCUUUUUUUUUUUUUUAGUUUAUUUUAAAUUUUUAUUUUGUUGAGGGGGAGGGGGGCCUACGGGAGGUAUUCUUUGCCUUACUUGAAGUUGACAAUGCUUACACUGCUACUGCUUUGAAAAUCUACCUUUCUGCCCAGGCACUGACUAGAUAGUUCAAGUACUUAUUUAAAGCUACUUUUAAUAGAGCAGCAUAUUGUACUAGACUUUUGCACUGUUACAGAUUUUUGCAGGGUUUCACUCAGUGGUCCACAGUAUUUUAUUUUUUUUUCCUUUUCCCUCCAGUAAAAAGAAAGCCUUGCAAGCAAUGAAAGAUGUGGUAGGUGGAGGUGGAAUAAAAUGGCUUGGUGUACCUUAAUCUUGUAUCCGUGCACCCCAAUAGAAACAGAUGUGUUACUUUGACUGAAAAUGUCCUGACUUUUUUUUUUAUUUUUUUUUUUUAAGAAAAUUAAAAAAAUGAAAAAAUGAAUAAAGUAACUAUUUAUGACAGUAUUCAUAAGUAUUCUGGUUAAAGAUGUUCUGCAGGUAUUUCCUUUCUCUAUCCCUUGACUCUGGAUCAUAUGCUUACUACUUUGGAUGUUCAGCAGCUUAAUUGUAUGAGUCUACUCAAGGGCAUCACUGUUAAGAAGCUAACUGUUAGGCCCCAUGCCAUCCCUAGACAUCUGUAGCCCCACUUCUGAAAGAUUUGCCACAGUACCUUAACAUGCAAAAACAAAUAUUGGGGAGGGGGGAGGGAAACUCCUUGGGGAACCUUUGAGGUCCUUAAUGUGGCACAGGUUAAAACUUGUGUGGAGUUCACAGGCAGCAUCAAAAUUAAGUUUCAGCUUUAAAAAAAGAAAAAAAAAUCUUCAUAAAGGUGCCAGUGUGCAAGUUUCAUGUCACUAGUUUCUAGCAGAUUUGUGCAAUAUGUUAUAACGAUGCCUGUGGUUGCCACAAAGUGCCUCUUGUUUACUGUUAAAAAAAGAAGUGCUUGUUAAAUACUGUUAAAGUACAUCAUGUCAUGCAUGCAGAUGGUAGGGGUGGAACUGCACUAAAUCUAAGGGGCUUUACCUGCAGAUGUGGGUGGGGCGUACUUUGGCCCCGCCCACUCCGUUUCUGGGUUUAAUUUUAUGUAGAGUAUGUAAACUCAGUAUAUUUUCAGUCUUUUAAAUAGCCUUAUUCCAUUUCAGCCUGUUCAGAUAUUGUGCUGUGCAACAGUUGCUCUGUGUGUAAUGCUAUGCACUGAGAAUACACAACCAACAAUGUAUGAAAAUUGUACAGGUUAUAAUGAUGCUCAUACAAAUCAGAUGUCCGUUUGUUAUUGUAUGUGUAAACUACCCUUUAUCUUAGUGUUAUAAACUCCACAUAAAACCAAUUAAAGUCUCAUUCUUGUCA